UGCAUUUUCAUGGGUUGUUGGUGUUAAAAAGGGCAUUAAAAAGCAUUAAAUUAGAUUUGCUGAUUUCUGCAGAAACCCUGUGAACUUUUGUAAACAUCAACAGUAUAACUUUUUAGUAAUUUUUAAAUGACCUAGACUUAAAAAGAAUAAAAAUAUAAUAAUGCUGCAAAGCACUGAUGGCAGAUUCUACCAUAACAGAGGCCAGUUAAGUCCCAUCUCCUUAAAUUGCUGAAUUGAUUAUUUUGAUCAUUCUAUUAAGUUUUUCUAGUAGCAUUUGGGGUCUUGGACAUUCACAGUAAAUUUUAGGACAGUAGUCCUGGUAACUAAUUAAUAAAAGCCUGACAUGACAGACAUGCUAAAUGACAAUAGAAACACAUUGGUUUCUAUCAUCAAAAUCUGACAGAAAAACUAACGUCUACCAUCAUAUUCUGACAGACACUCUAGAUGACAAUAGCAACAAAACUGUUUCUUACAUUAUUAAUCUGACAAAUUUAGUAAUAAUAUUAAAUACCUCAUCACUAGAACCAAAUAAUAAAAUAUUGAAAUAAAGAUAAAAUUUAUUUUCAAAAUUGAAAUAUCAACAAUAAUUGUCAGAACAGUGAUGAUAGACACGACUGUGUCACUUUCGUGGGGAAAUAACACAUUGAAAUGGCCUGUCGGUUGAAAGGGUCGCAAGUGGCUCUGAUUUAUCUCAACUUACGAUAGUUUUCCUCCAGAAAAAUUUAAAUAUGAAUGCACAAAUAUAUUCUCAAUGUUUCUAUCAUCAAAAAUUUAUAUCGUCAGAAUAGCUGACUGAAAAUCUUACCUUGAUUUAUUUGAUGAAAUCUAGCUGUCAGAACUCCAAGUCUUGCCCGGAAGUAAAUGUCUGCUGUCACAAAAAUCAUGCGCAGUAGAAUUUCCUCUUUGCGUCAGUCAGCAUGUGUGUGGUGAGGGCUUGAAUUUUGCUAUCGUCAGGUGCAUUUGACUGACAGACUGACGAUAGCAUUUUUUAAAAAUAACUGUGGGCUUCUCUCGUGAAUGAAAUAGUUUUUUCGCUGUUAAUCUAUUUCAACUCUAUCUGUUGACACCCAAAAAUUAUAAAGCCUGCUUCCACACGAUAACUACCAAAGAUCCAUAAUGGCUGAGUCUAUCGUCAGGUCAUCUGACAGAAAUUCACUGACGAUAGCAACAGGGAUAAUGAAAGUGAUUUUUAAAAUGGGAGUUAUGUCUGUCAGAUAUGUCAAAGAAAUAGAACUUUAUUCUUUAAAAAUCUUUUAUUGAUAUACUCAGUAUAUUUUUAAAUGACAUGCUGUUUUAGAAGACCAAAUACCAUAUUUUCAAUCUUUUAAAUAUUACCUCAUUGAAAAAAGGACAAGAAAAAUUUCUUAUUUUGUGGGCAAGUGGUUAAUGGAUCCAGUUACAGUAGAAUCUGCCUGAUGACUUCUCCAAUAAAUAAGUUUCUCAAAUUAAAAUGAAAUGAAUUUCCAUGACUGAAGUGCAGCAUCAAUCAACAGUUCCAGCUUAUAAGCCUGCUCAUUUUAUUUUAAGGAAAUGAACUUUUCCAUAUUAUCUAAAGUGCACCAUUAACAGUUCCAGCUUGUAACCCUGUUCAGUUUCAUUCAACCCCCCCCCCCAAAUAAAUAAAUAGAUAGAUAGAUACCUUGUUCACAUUGUCAUCUGAAAGGGCAGAUCUGCUGGCAAUUACGGUAUUGGGACAGAGGUCAGUCACAUUCGCGUGGUGCCAUUUCAAAUGAGCGAUCAAGUUUGAGGUGUUGCCAGAGGCAUACCAGAUUACUACUGAGCGAUGUUGGCACAUUGCUUUUGUCUUAUCCACUUGUCUCUGUCUGUCAUUGUAUUUCAGUUGGAAACCGAAAUGUUCCCAAAAAGGAGACCUUAAUGAUAAGGGCAGGUUUUCAAGCCCUGACUUCUCAUUUACAUUAGCCAUGACGUUCAUAGCUUGGCUAUGUUUGUAGUGCACUUGAAGUGUGAGGCGGAGACGUAACAAAUGUAUGGUCCGCCACUUAAUAUGUUCGUGUGGGAACUCUGAUUUGAAGUAUGUACAGUACGCAAAAACGCCUGCUGUUAGAUUGCAUUUGGUACACAGCUGCACCAUACCGAAAGUCCUGUACCGAAACAGUCCAGUAUGAAUGUGUACCAUUACACCCCUAUUGCAUGUGCAUGCAUAUAAGUUUCAGCGCUGUGUAAAAUAAGUAAAUAAAAACAAUGUUAUGAUUUGCAAAUCAUGGAAACCCUAUAUUUCGUUGAAAAUGGUACAAGGACAACAUAUCAAAUGUUCUAACAGAAAUUUUUAGUUUUAGAAAUAUAUCUGCUCAUUUUGAAUUUGGUGUCUGCAACAAGUUUCAAAAAAGUUAGGACGAGGCAACAAAAGACUGGAAAAGUUGUGUAAUGUUUAAACAAACAAACCUCUCGUGUGCUCAAAAAUGAUUAAAAGAUUCAAUCAAGUAAUAGUUAGCAAUGUCAGAAACCCCUAUGUGGCAAAAGAUGGAGGACAUACCGGUACGAUCAAAAAGAGUGAGAGUGAUGUCUUCAGACACUCUCUAUAUUAAGUUAGCUAACGUUAUGUUAUGGAUAUUCAUAGUGAGAUCAUAUCCCAACAUGAUAUCACUUUGUAAACAUCAAGUUAGCUAGCCACAGAAAAGGACUUAUUUACUACGUACAUGUUAUUUUAAAUGAGCACAGUCAGUCUACUACUGUACUACUUCACUCACACAAAUCAAAGUAGUGAUAGGCAGUGGAGAGGUGAGUGAAAACAAAUUACAGAAAGAAGUAAGCUAUCUGACUUUCUAAUGAGAGUUAUAAAUUAACUAACUAUAAAUGGCUCAUAUUCCAUUUUAAUCUCUAAAUCGCUACAGUAUAACACUUUUUUCUUUCAUGAAAGUAUUUUUCUUUGGAAAUAAUUUCUUGUCUGUUACUCAGCAGGGACAGCUGCCACAGGUGAUAGGCAGGGUGCAGGAACAAUAUAUAGAAAGUGGAGAGGUGAGCAAAUUACAGAAUCAAGCAAUAAGGUAUGAGAGACUGUGGUACAGAUGGGUGACAAAAUCAAAAUGAAGUAUCUUAAUCGUGAGGCCACCAUGAGUCUCCAGAAUAUCUUCGGUGUGCCUUGCCAAGUCUGUGGAACUGUAUUGGAGGGAUGACCUUUCCUCCAAGAUAUUCCCUUGUUUAUGUACACCCUUUAUUUAAUGAGGGAAUUUAACUGAGAUCAACAUUUCUUUUGCAAGAGACCUGAGUACAGCAGAUAGACCUCGGGUAGGGGUAUCUGAAAAACUUAAGCCCUUUUGAGGAUUUGUGCCUGUACUUUUUCCCCUACCAUCUUUGAAAUCAAAAUUCCGCCCCUGCCCAAAUAGAACACUAGCAGCUCUCCUGCUGAAACUGCAUCCCCUCAGUACAGGACUCACCACAGGAUCAGUGGCUUUGAUCCAACUUGGAUAAAAAAAGGGUUAUUUUGUAAAAAUUGUUCUAAAAUAAAUCUGGAGACAUAAAUAUGACUCCUUUAACUGUUUGUUCAGGUCCAAAUGCUCUGAGCCACAGGGAGGGGUCCUGCAGGUGACCAUCCUCAUCCAGCAACACACACACACACACACACACACACACACACACACCCCAGCCAGUAAACUUAAGGGAAACACUGCAGGUGAUGUCAACAGGUUAUUGUAAUUAUGAUUUGGUACAAAAAGCAGUAUUCAGUAAAGGCCUAGUCUUUGAGGAGCAAAGAUGGCCCAAGGCUCUCCAGCUGGUCAAGAAGUGCAUGAGGAAAAUUAUUGAAAUGUUUCAAAGAAAGAUAGGAAGGGAUUUGGAUAUUUCACCCUCUGUAGUGCAUAUCAUCAUUAAACUCAAGGAAUCUGGAGGAAUUUCGGUGUGUGAAGGGCAAGGGUGCAAAUCUAAAUCUAAUCUACCCGUCAUCUCCAGUCCUUCUGGUGGCACUGCAUCAAGAAUUGUCAUUCAUCUAUAGCUGAUAUAACCACAUGGGCUUGGGAUUCACUUUGGCAACCAUUUACAAAGCUCUACAAUAAGGAGUUGCAUCCACAUAUGCCAGGUAAAAUUUUACUGUGCAAAAAGGAAGUUUUAUGCUGACUGUGUCCAGAAGUGCUUUCAACUUCUCUGGGUUUGGCGGCAUCUGGGACGGGCCAUCACACAGUGGAAACCUGUAUUGUGGUCAGAUGACUCCAUAUUCCAGGUGUAGAUAGAUAGAUAAAGAAAGAAAGAAAGAAAUGGUCACCAUGUGUUCCAGACCAAAGGCAAAAAGGAACAUCCAGAUUGUUGCCAGCAACAAGUCCAAAAGCUAGGGUUUGUCAUGGUAUGGGGUGGUGUCCAUGCCCUUGGCAAAGGUAACUUGCACAUCUAUGGUGGCAGCAUUAAUGCAGAAAAGUACAUUGAGAAUUUGGAGCAACAUAUUCUGCCAUGUUUUAUAGAGAUAUGUCAAUAACAUGGUGCAAAACCACAUUCUGCACAUGUUAGAAAGGCAUAUCUGCGGAAGGAGAGUGUGCCUGUCCCCAAUAGAGAAUGUGUGGUGAAUUUUGAAACAAAAAUAUGAUGGUGAUUCUGUACUGUUGCACACCUUAAGAUCUGUUUGCAGGAAGAAUGGGACAAAAUAAUCCUGAAAUGCUUAUCACUUGGUGUCUUCAGUCCCUAAGCAUCUUUUUAGUGGUGUGAGAAGGAAUUGCAAAAUUACAAAUUGGUAAAUGCUUUACCUUCCCACUUUUUUUUUUUAUAAAUGUGUUGCACAAAUCAAAAUUGAAGUGUUUAUUUUUGAAAAAGUUAAUGAGGUAAAAUAUAAAAAAAUGUCCUGUUGCAUUGUUUUGAGUGCAAUACAGGUCAAAGAUUAUUUACAAAUCAUUUUCAGUUUUAAUUUGAAUUUCAACAUACUGUCCCAGCUUUUUCGUGUGUGUGUGCGCGUGCGUGCAUGCACUUUCAGGCUGAGCCACAGUCAAAGUGGCGAUGAAGGGGAGGGUCCACUUUCUGAUAAGUGCAGCAGGAAAACUCUGUUCUACUUGAUUGCUACUCUCAACGAGUCCUUCAGGCCAGACUAUGACUUCAGCCGUACCCGAGGACACGACUUCAGUAGAGAACCCAGUGUCAACUGGGUGUUUAAUGCUGUGAAUGGUAGCUUGUCUGCUGCUGCUGGGGAGGUAUACAGUCACUUGCAGCCUCAGCUGUGGGAGGCAAUUGACAAUGAGAUCAGUCUGGCUGAGUGUGACAUUUACAGCUAUAAUCCAGACCUUGAUUCUGACCCAUUUGGAGAAGAAGGCAACCUGUGGUCCUUCAACUACUUCUUCUACAAUAAGAGGCUGAAAAGAAUUGUGUUCUUCACCUGUCGCUCUGUGAGAAUGGCUGUUCUGUUUCGGACAAGUGAUUCCGCUUUUUUCCGUGAUUGCGUAAAAUCAUCAUCCCUACAUCACACCUCAAUUUGGUACAUGAUUAAAAGUCUUUUUAUGACUCUACGAAACUCAGGCAUUGGAACAGAGCUGAACUUGGAUCUGGAUGAAGGCAGCUUUGUGGAGGAGGAGAACAUGGAUGAGGAGAGGUUUCGACCAUUAUGUGCCCAGUGAAGAUGUCCUAAAUCUGCUGCCUUGCUCCUGAAUGCCUCUGAAAAAAACAUUUGUGUGUCUGUUGGAGACUAAUGUAUUUUUCUAUUUUAUUUCAAGUGGUUGUUCUGGCUGUAACUAUGAUAGGAUAAAUGUGUUUAGUAACAGGAACACGAGGCACGUGGGGUUUGUUUGUGUGUUCUUAUAUAUAAAAUCUCAUGUGUUUGUGUUUUUCUCAGUAUUUGACUGGGACCUAAUGUACUUAUUUUCCUUUUAAGUCAGUUCUGCACACUGACAUAGGAUGACAUGAUUUUCCUAGUGUCAAAAUUCCUGUUGACUUUGAAUUUAAUAAAAUAUUGCUAUUUACAUUAUAUAAAUUUCAUAAUUGUAUUUUAGACAUCACAGAAGAAGCACUUUACUGUUCAUACCUUCUAGCCCUUUGUGAUGGCAUUUUCCAGACAUGAUUCAUAUUUACAUGCUAAUUAAAAAAAAUAAUUUGUGGGGUUUUUUUUUUUUUGCAAUUACAUUUCCUGUCUACGUAAUUUGAGACGUAAUUCAAGUAUAAAACAUAAAUAUAUUUAUUAUAUAGAUACGAGUGUUUUGCUGGGAAAUACGCCACUUGUGUAUUUCAUACAAACUACAGCCAGGACAUUGAUUAACAUGUUUUCCAAUAUCUUCACUCAUGAGAAUAUCGAUUAAUUGUUUUGUAUAACUUGCAUAGUUUUUAAAUGUGUUUUUAUAUAAUAAAAUUAUACAUUGGCUUGAAGAUAUGAAGUUUAUCUUCUCAUGUUGGAAAAACACUCUUCAUUUUCAUAUCAAAUGCAUCCCACACCUGAGUCACAUAUUUUCCAACAGCUUCACGCCAAUUGUGUCACUUUCAAUGUUUUUCCCACUGACUUGAUGCGCAUUAUCAAAAUGGCAAACUGGUUCAAAAUUAAAAUUCUUUUAAUUAA